UUUGCCUUAAGGUAUACCACAUUGUCAUAUAGAGCUCCUGAAAUGAUCAAUCUUUAUGGAGGGAAAACAAUUACAACCAAGGCAGAUAUCUGGGCCCUUGGCUGCUUGCUGUAUAAACUUUGUUUUUUCACACUUCCCUUUGGUGAGAGUCAAGUUGCUAUUUGUGAUGGAAGCUUCACCAUCCCAGACAAUUCGCGUUAUUCUCACAGUGUGCAUUGUUUGAUAAGAUACAUGCUUGAACCAGAUCAAGAGCGACGACCUGAUAUCUUUCAAGUAUCUUACUUUGCCUUUAAACUUGCCAAAAAGGAUUGUCCCAUUUUAAACAUGAAUAAUUCUCCUCUCCCUUCAACUCUUCCUGAGCCCUUGACAGCUAGUGAGGCUGCUGCUAAGAAAAGCCAAAUAAAAGCUAGGUGAGUGCAAUAAUUUUAUUAAUAAUUCAGUGCACUUUUUGACAUACUAUUCAUCUUGAAGAGCUUUGUUCUGUGGCCACAGAUGUUCCCUCCUGAACCCAAUUUCCCCUGGUAGAGCUGUGAGUCCAGGGAAGCUCCUAGUCCCACAUAGAACGUUGUUCUAUUGAAAAUCAGAAUUGAUACAAGACCAUGGUCAGCCAGCUGCUGAAUUAAUAACCACUUGCUCUUGGCUUGGGUUGAAUCCAGGUUAAUUUCUCCACAUAUAAUCCUUUCGGACUUCCACUGCAUUUGCCAUUUCCCACUGGCUUCAUGCAGAUUUCAAAUGGGAUGAAGGGAAAGCUGAACCCUAGAAUUCCCCAUAAUGAAUUGAACCCCUCUCCUCUACAACUAUUGAUGGACAGAACCUGCCCACUCAGGAACAGUGUUGUCAUUGUGCAGUACUU